GUUGCUUGAGUUACCCUUCGUUUUAAAUUGAAAAGCCAGAUUUGAAUCCGAUAGUUUGCACACGGCUGACCUGGCGUACUGGACUUUGUUGUUCUUCUCCUUGGAACGAGUGUACGACGGGAAUCCAGGAGCAAAUGGCGGCCGAUGAAUUUGAUGUGCCAGUGUGUAGCCAGACCCCAAAGAUCCUUCAACGUGGACCUUUGACUCAAGCAGCUCCCUGGAAAGAGGUGAAGUUUUAUCGAAAUGUCAGUGAUUCCAUUGCAAAUAACUACAGUCCUGCAGCCAGAAACUAUUCAACAGAUCACAUCUACAAGCUGCUCAGCUCCUGUGAAUCACUUGAACAGCAGUGGAGCGAUGAUCCAGAAUCAUCACCAUCUUUAAGAACUGCUCACCAUGGGACAAAGGCAUUCAAGAUCAAAUCACCGAGAACACCUCUGGGCAGGAGAAAAUUGAGUCCUCACCGGUUGCUUCAGAGCGCAUCGGCUCCCAGAGAUCACUGUGAGGCUUGCUCGGACGUGGCAACCCAAGGCACCGACUUCUACCCUGAAAGCCCAGUCCUCAAGGUGUGGGUCCCAGGCCGUGAACUCCAGCCUCUGGAUAGUCUCCCCCGCGUCCACAGACACCACUUCAAACUGGGAGAUUCCUGCUGUCCCCAGAGGGCCAAGUGGAGCCGGUCCCCGCAGGGGGCAGGGGGACACUCAGAGGCUGGGCUUUUGGGGGAAGAGGUGCCGAGCGAGGAGAGAUCGCAGGCAGACUGGGGGGCUGCAACAGAAGCCCAGCAGCAAGAGGGUGGACCUGCUGAAUAUGGUCUACAUGCAGAAUGUGAUUCAGAUGAAGACUAUACCCUCCAUGACGAAGCAACAAGGGCAGCUCUCGGCAUCCUUUUUAUCUCAGCGAAACAUUCGACACAUGGCUUGUCGAGACCAGCUACCCCCAGAGAAGAUCAGUUGGUGAGAUACUAUGGUAUUAUUGAUCGAUGUAUUGAUCCCAGCGUAGUGACUCCACUGAGCACCGAUUGUCUGCAAAGAGUCUAUGCCUACGUCCCUGCUGACCACGACACACAGCUAAGGCACACAUGUCAGCGGCUAACACAGGAGAUUGAGGAUGCCUACUCAGGAGCUAUGAGGAAGGCCAUACUUGACUAUGUGCUGUUAGAUCCACUUGAACAGCAGAGACUUGGCAUUGACCUCCCGCCUAAGCCCUCUAACACAGCAGGAAGAGAGAGGCUCCCAUGGCAUGCAAGUGUAAAGUCUGCACGUCAGAAGUUAACUGAUGCCUUAUACAUCACUCAUCCUGUCAUGUCUUCGAUAUUGCUCAACUUUCAGACCAGAUACAGAAACUUCAGACUGAUAGAGGCUGAGCUGCUCUCACAGGUCUUCCCCUUUACUCUGGAUCAGCUAAUUAACCAUGUCUCCAUGGUUACGGAGAGCAGGAGUAUAGUUUUGCAGGAUCAAUGGUUGAAAGACUGUUCUGAGAUAAUUGCUGAGAACAGAGAGAUUGUGGAAGCCUGGAUGCCCCACGAUAAUGAGGAACUGAGGAUGAUAAAAAUGGACCACUUCUUUGCCACUGUUGCCACACUCACAUCAAACCUCCUUCGAAGCAUUGUGGAAGGAUCACUUCAAGAAUUAGUUCAAAUGUUUGAAGUCUAUCAACAAGGAAACAAUUAUGAAGGAGAUUAUCCUGUGAAUUCUCUGGGGCUUCCUGUCAAACCUCAUCCCAUCAUCAUCUUCAUGAAACCUCAGAUGGAGGGAUCCCAGAUCAUGUUUGCACCAACCAUUGAUGAUGUGAUUGAAGGAUUAAAUUGCAUCGUGGACCUUCUAGUUGCCAGUGUCCAGCAGAUACCGAGAAUCGAACACCAGCUGUUUCAGGCUGUAGAUAACCUGGAGAUCAAGUACAUCAGUUCAGUUCGAAAGGAAGAGGAGAUGGUCCUGAGUGCAAAAGCCACACUUCAGACUGUGGUUACAAACAAUAGUCAUGGCCCACUCAGAUACUGCUCAGUGUAUGAACCAUACAAAUGCUUAUUGUCCUUGGAAACAGACAAUAAGAUUGAAGCUACAAUCAAGAAAGAGUUUAACCUGAGAAUUUAUACCAAUGAGAUUGAGAAACUCCAAACAAUGGCUUCGGAACUCUCUUCUCUCGCAGUCCACAUCCCAUUGAACUUGCUACUGCUUGACGUCUCUGAGUUAAAUCAGUGGCUGAUCGAUCGUACCCAACAGCUAGCUCAUAUCAUAAUUAACAAAGUUAUCAGCGUGUCUGAGAAGUUUAAUCGCAGGAUCUGCCAGCAGUACGACAGCAUCAUGAGGAAAAUAACAAACAAAACUGACUCCACUCAUAAACUGGUCCAGGUGCAGAACUACGUGGAUACGCUGAGGGGCCGUGAAAUGCUUCAGCUCAAGGACAAGUUGGCUCUCGCAGCUGAGAAUCUCCUGUUCCUUAUGGACUACGCCUCGCUUUCCAAGAAAGACAUUACCCUGAACGGCAAUACCUUCUCGUGGCCAGAGAGGAUCAUCCCACUCAUUAGAAACAGUGAAAUGCGUUUGCAGAGAGAACAUGAUACGGCAGUUUCCAAAUUGGUUGACUGGCAGAACGAUUUCACGAAGCGCAUAGUGGAAACGGCAGCCUGGGUGAAGAAAUUUCGAAAGAAGGAUCACAUGUCCGAGGCACAGCGGUAUGUGACAGAGCUGGAAGACAUCAACAAGCGACUGGAGCAAUUCACAGAAGAGAAAGCCCAGAUCAACAACGAAGAGGUUUUGCUGGAGACAGGACACAUUAGCCCCUACCAUCAAAUCCAGAAUAUUAUUAGUGCUAAGGAACCCUUCGAGAAAUUGUGGAAAACUGCUGUGCAGUUCAACCUGCUCUCUGACAAGUGGAUGUAUGGCCCCUUGUUACAAGUCAAUGCUGAGGACGUGGAACAUGAGGUACAAAAUUUAUGGAGGGUUAGCUACAAGUUAACCAAGGUCUUCAGUCAUCCAGAUUUACAUGGGCCUUUCAAAGUUGCCACAACCAUCAAAGCAAAGCUGGAAAAGUUCAAAAUCAAUAUGCCUCUCAUCAAUGCCCUCUGCACCCCAGGGAUUAAACCACGCCACUGGAGUUUGAUGAGCCAAAAGGUCGGAUUCAGUAUCAUGCCAUGUGACAGCACAACCUUGAUGGAUGUCAUGCAGUUGGGCCUUGAGAAGUACCUGGAGGAUUUAAACCACAUCAGCUCACAAGCUAGUAAAGAAUAUGCACUGGAGAAAGCCCUCAGCAAGAUGGAGGAAGACUGGCACAAAGUCAAUUUUACUUACACCUGCUACAAAGAUACUGGCAUCAACAUUUUAGCAGCAGUGGACGAUAUUCAGGUUUUACUUGAGGACCACAUUGUAAAAUCCACCACCAUGAAAGGCUCUCCAUUUAUUGCCUCCUUCGAAAAGGAAAUAUCAGCAUGGGAGUCUAAGCUGUGGCUGAUGCAUAAUAUCCUGGAAUCUUGGCUCCGUGUCCAAAUGGCUUGGUUGUACCUGGAGCCAAUAUUUAGCUCGGAAGAUAUCCACAAUCAGAUCCCACAGCAAGGGAAGAUGUUCGAAGUGGUGGACACAAACUGGAGGCUGAUAAUGAGGGAAGCGGUCAAGGGAGCCAAUGCUAUGCAAGUUAUCUCCCAACCACAGAUGUUGGAUAAGCUGAGAGAAGCAGAGUCGCUGUUGGAUGACAUUCAGAAGGGGCUCAAUGAGUACUUAGAAAAGAAAAGACUUUUUUUCCCUCGGUUUUUCUUCCUCUCUAACGACGAGCUGUUGGAAAUUCUCUCGGAGACCAAAGACCCCCUUCGGGUGCAGCCUCAUCUCAAGAAAUGUUUCGAAGGGAUUGCGCAGCUCACCUUCAGCACCGGCAAAGAAAUCACCCACAUUGAGUCGGCCGAGGGGGAGCAAGUGAAACUCAUUGCUCGCAUCAGCCCGGCCAAAGCCAAGGACCUCGCAGAGAAAUGGCUUUAUGAGGUAGAAAAGGGGAUGAAAAGCUCCUUGGGUGAAGUAAUGCUGCAGGCUAUCAUUGCUUACCCAAACACUACAAGAGAGGAGUGGGUGCUGAACUGGCCUGGCCAAAUAGUGCUGGCAUCCAGCAUUGUAUACUGGACUGCAGCUGUCUCAGAGGCCAUCACUCAACAGAAUGGACUGGGUGAAUUUCUGGAGGAAAGUAAUAAACAGAUUGAUGAUAUUGUCACCCUGGUGCGGGGCAAAUUAACCAAGAUGGCAAGAAUAACCCUGGCUGCGCUCAUCACCAUCGACGUUCAUGCUCGAGAUGUUGUUGCAAAACUGAACAACCUAGGAAUUACUACUACGACGGACUUUAAUUGGAUUGCACAAUUGCGAUAUUAUUGGGAGAAGGAGAAUAUCAUUGUCAGAAUGAUUACAACAGCAGUGGCUUAUGGCUAUGAAUACCUGGGCAACACAGGAAGGCUUGUUAUCACUCCCCUGACUGACCGGUGUUACAGAACCCUCAUGGGAGCUUUACAGUUGAACCUAGGAGGGGCUCCAGAAGGACCUGCAGGAACUGGCAAAACUGAAACUUGCAAAGAUCUGGCCAAGGCUGUGGCUAAACAGUGCGUUGUGUUUAAUUGUUCCGAUGGACUAGACUACAGAGCAAUGGGGAAGUUUUUCAAAGGCCUGGUACAGUCUGGAGCCUGGGCUUGUUUUGAUGAAUUUAAUCGUAUAGAACUGGAGGUACUGUCUGUUGUUGCCCAGCAGAUCCAAACCAUUCAGCGAGCGGUUUCAGAGCAAGUGAAGACAUUUGUCUUUGAAGGGACAGCAAUCUCGCUGGACCCAUCGUGCACUGUGUUCAUCACCAUGAACCCAGGCUAUGCUGGCAGGGCUGAGUUACCUGACAAUCUGAAGGUUCUGUUUCGUCCUGUGGCUAUGAUGGUCCCAGAUUAUGCUCUUAUUGCUGAAAUCUCUCUCUACUCCAUGGGGUUUGUCAAUGCUCGGAUCCUUGCUGCAAAAAUUGUAGCAAUGUACCGACUCUGCUCAGAGCAGCUUUCCUCUCAGCAUCACUACGAUUAUGGGAUGCGAGCUGUCAAAUCCGUCUUAACUGCAGCUGGAAACCUGAUCAGACACCCUGAGGAAAAGGAAGAGGUCCUUACCCUUCUCAUCACAGACGUUAACCUGCCAAAGUUCCUCUCCCAUGACAUCCCACUUUUUGACAGCAUAAUUUCUGAUCUCUUCCCGGGGGUUGUUUUGCCAACUCGUCACCAUGGCAACCUGGAAAUUACUAUCCGAGAAAUCAUUCGCAGAUUUAGCCUUCAGUCUUCACCAUGGUUCAUCGAAAAAGUCAUUCAGAUUUACGAAAUGAUGCUGGUGCGCCAUGGCUUCAUGCUGGUUGGGAGCCCCCUGGGCGGUAAGACUUGCGCUCUGAAGGUACUGGCUGGGGUACUGGAGCUGCUGGGAGUGAGAGGCCUGAUGGAUGAACACAGAGUGCAGUAUGUCAUCAUCAACCCAAAAGCCAUCAGCAUGAGCCAGUUGUACGGCAGCUUUGAUCCAGUGUCUCACGAGUGGAGUGAUGGAAUCCUGGCUAAUGUCUUUCGGGAACAUGCCACCAGUCUGACUAGUGAUAGGAAGUGGUGCAUCUUUGAUGGCCCUGUGGAUGCAGUCUGGGUGGAAAACAUGAACACAGUACUUGAUGAUAACAAAAAGCUCUGUUUGAUGAGUGGGGAGAUUAUUCAGAUGAGUUCCCAGCAGAAUAUCAUUUUUGAAGUUCUGGAUCUUAAACAAGCAUCGCCCGCAACAGUCAGCAGGUGUGGGAUGAUUUACAUGGAACCAAUGAAUCUGGGGUGGGAACCAUUGGUCCAGUCCUGGUUAGCUACAAAACUACCUCAGCAACUGACAGCAGAGCAGAGGCAGACUGUACAGAUGCUGUGUAAUUGGCUGUUACCGCCCUGUUUGGAUUUUGUCCAGAAGAAGUGUAACCUCAUGGUACAGUCAUCUCCCAUGCACCUGACCAUCUCCAUGCUGAAAAUCUAUGAGAGCUUGUUGGCAGAAAUCAGGUUCACUGAAGAUCCCAUUGGCGAGGCUGAGGAGAUCUUUCUGGCCCUGAAAGAAGUGGAUGAAAAGUGCUUCUCAUCCACAGUACAGAAGGAGGUGGAAGAGAUCACAAACCAUCUGGUAGCUUAUGCCUUCUUUUCAGUGGUCUGGUCGAUUGGUGGUAUGCUUGAUCCUGCAUCAAAGCCAAGAUUCAGCGACUUUUUCAGCAACCUCUGUGAACGGGACUCAUCAUACCCAAGGCCGAAAGACUUAAAAUUUCCACGAGCUUUACAAAUCCCAAAGAAAGGGAGCGUUUUCGACUAUGUCUAUCUUAAGAGAACCUUUUCAUCAUGGUGUACAUGGAAAGACCUGAUCACUACUGUUGACAUUCAGCAGUGUAUAAACACCGAUGACCAAGACAUUUGGCAGCUGAAUGACAUUAUUGUCAGCACCACGGAGGCAGCGAUGCAGACAUAUUUUCUUGAGAAGUUGUUGCUGCACGAUAAGCCAUUGCUGUUUGUAGGACCCACAGGCACUGGCAAGACAGCUAUCACCAACAGCUUCCUGCGAAACCUCCCGACCCAGAAAUAUACUGUGUGCCAAAUCACUUUCUCAGCACAGACUACAGCCAGUCAAACCCAGGAGAUCAUCCUCACACAGCAAGAAAAGAGGAGAAAAAUUAUCUGUCGGACCCAGCAAGGAAAAAGAGUUUGUGUUUUUGUUGAUGACCUCAACAUGCCAGCAAAGGAGAAAUACGGAGCCCAGCCUCCAGUGGAACUACUUCGUCAGUGGAUCGACCAUGGCUACUGGUUUGACAGGACAGACACGAGCAUUCUGCCAGUCCAUGACAUGUCCAUAGUGGCAGCAAUGGCGCCCCCCGGAGGUGGCCGACAAGCUGUCACUCCACGCUGCCUCCGACACUUCAAUAUUAUCGCCAUCGACACUCUCAGUGAAGAAACCAUGAAGACUAUCUUCCAGCCUGUGGUGGACUGGCACUUCAGUAGGGGAUUCGAUAUCUCCUUGAAGAGAUACUCCAGGAUUCUGGUUUGGGCUACCACAGAGGUGUACAUCCAAGCACUGGAAAACUUCCUCCCAACUCCUGCUAAAUCACAUUACAUCUUUAGCCUGCGAGAUUUCUCCCGGGUGAUUCAGGGUUUGCUCCUGUUAAAAUCAGAUUGUGUUCCACAAGGAAUCGAAGGGGAUCAUAAAUUAAUGAGACUCUGGAUCCAUGAGGUCUAUCGUGUCUUCUGUGAUCAAUUGGUUGACACCCAAGACAGAAAGCUGUUCUUCCACAUUGUGAAGAACGUGGUGCAGAAACAGUUCAAAGAAAAAAUCAACAACGUUUUCAACCACAUGGUUGUUGGCCGAGAUCUCAGUGAUGAUGACAUCCGCACCCUGUUCUUUGGUGACUAUAUGUCAAUGAAAUCAAACCAAAGGAGAAAGAAGGCAUAUAAUGAAAUAACAGAUAUGAAUGAGCUAAAGAAUACGAUUGAACGAUAUCUGGAUGAAUUUAAUCGGACCAGCAAGGCUCCCAUGGACCUGGUGAUGUUUAACUUCGUCAUUGAACACAUCUCACGUAUCAGCAGGAUUCUCAAACAGCCGAAUGGGCAUGCUUUGCUGGUUGGGAUUGGAGGAAGUGGGAGACAGUCAACCACAAGGCUCACUGCAUUCAUGGCUGAAACCGAGGUGUUCCAGGUCAGUAUUCAGAAGACAUACACACUGCCCGAAUGGAAGGAAGACCUGAAAAAGGUGUUACGUGGAGCUGGUCAGAAUGGCACUCCAACCGUCUUCCUGUUUGCUGACCAUCAGAUCAAGGAUGAAGCCUUCCUUGAAGACAUUAACAUGAUUCUCAACACUGGGGACAUUCCCAACCUAUAUGAUAAUGAGGAAAAGAGAAUCAUCAUUGAAAAGAUGACCCAGCUUGCACCAGCUGGGAAAGCAAAGCUGGAGCUCACACCCACCAACACUUACAGCAAAUUCACCAAGAGGAUUCAGCAAAACCUGCAUCUGAUGCUGGUGUUUAGCCCGAUCGGUGAAGCAUUUCGGAACCAUCUGCGGCACUUCCCAGCUCUGAUUAGUUGCUGCACUAUUGACUGGUUCCAGGCUUGGCCUGAGGAUGCCUUAGAGAAAGUUGCGAACCAUUUUCUGGAUGAUGUUGAAAUGUCACAGGCUGUCCGGAAUGAAGCUGUGUUCAUGUGUAAACAUUUCCACCAGAGUGUCAUUGCUCUUUCUGGAAGAUUCUAUGAAACUCUUCAAAGGAGAGCUUACAUCACGCCCACGUCCUACCUCGAGCUGAUUAAGACAUUUAAAAACCUGUUGGAAAGAAAAAGACUUGCAUUAUUGGCUAAUAAGAACAGGUAUACAGUUGGAUUGGAAAAGCUGGACUUUGCAGCCUCUCAGAUUGCGAUAAUGCAGCAGGAACUGACAGGGUUAAAACCUCUGUUAAUGGAACGAGACCAAGAGACAGAUGAGCUACUGAAGGUCAUUGCUGAUGAAACACUGGAGGUGGAAGUUGUGAAGAGAGUGGUGGAAGCUGAUGAGGAGACAGCAAACAAAGCAGCACAGGAGGCCCGAGCAAUUAAGGUUGAGUGUGAACAGAAGCUGAGUGUAGCCAUGCCAGCUCUCAACGAUGCUAUCACGGCUCUCGACACACUGAAGGCCAGCGAUAUCACUCUGCUGAAGACCAUGCAGAACCCUCCAGCAGGGGUGCGGCUCACACUCACUGCCAUUUGUAUCUUAAAGGGAAUUAAACCUGAGAAAAAAGUGGAUGCGAAUGGGAAAAUCACAGAUGAUUAUUGGCCCUCUGCAAAGAAGAUGCUGAGUGAUAUGAAAUUCCUGGAAUCACUGAAGGACUUUGACAAAGACAAUAUCCCUGUGAAAGUGAUAGCCCACAUUCGCAGAGACUUUAUCAGCAGUCCUGAAUUUCAGCCAUGUGUCAUUCGGAAUGUUUCCUCAGCCUGUGAAGGUCUUUGUAGCUGGGUUCGAGCCAUUGAAGUCUAUGAUAAAGUUGCAAAGAUUGUUGCCCCUAAGCGGAGGAAGCUGGAGGAAGCUGAGGCAGAGCUGAAAAUCCAAAUGGAGAAAUUGAAUAAAAAGAGGUCAGAGCUGACAGAGAUUAAGAGUAAACUAGAUCUCCUUCAGAACCAACUCUCUCAAAAACUCACUGAAAAGAAGCAACUGGAAGAGAGCAUCAAACAGACAGAGCUGAAAUUGGAGCGAGCUGAGAAGCUGAUCAAUGGCCUUGGAGGAGAGAAAGAACGGUGGACGAGUAUUUCAGAGCAUCUGGAGGCGACAUACCAGAGUAUUAUUGGCGAUGUUUUAUUAAGUGCCAGUGUGGUGGCAUACCUUGGCCCCUUCACACCUGAAUUCCGACAGAAUGUUUUGGGAGAAUGGUUGGAUAUGUGCAAACAGAAACAGAUCCCCGUCUCCAGUGUCUACUCCUUAUUGAAUACAUUGGGGGACCCUGUGAACAUUAUGGAGUGGCAACUGCAUGGACUUCCACGGGACACAUUCUCAGUGGAUAAUGCCAUCAUCGUGACCUCAGCUCAGCGCUGGCCACUCAUGAUUGACCCCCAGGGUCAGGCUAAUAAAUGGGUCAAAAACAUGGAGAAAACCAACAAGCUUCAUGUCAGCAAACUGACUGAGUCUGACUGUGUUCGAACCCUGGGGAACUGCAUUCAGUUUGGAAAUCCAGUUUUAAUUGAAAAUCUUUCGGAAGAGCUCGAUCCCAUUCUGGAGCCAUUGCUGCUGAAGCAAACUUUUAAACAAAGGGGGAUGGACUACAUUCGCCUCGGAGAAACAGUCGUACAAUACUCAAAAGAUUUCAAGCUCUACAUGACCACCCGGCUUCGAAACCCCCAUUACCUCCCAGAGGUUUCAGUCAAGGUCACUCUCCUGAACUUCAUGAUAACAUCGGUCGGUUUGGAGGACCAACUGCUGAACAUCGUCACGGCAAAGGAGAAACCAGAACUGGAGGAAAAGAAGAAAGCUCUUUAUCUGGAAAGAGCACAAAACAGGAAGCUUCUAAAAGAAACCGAGGAUCAGAUCUUAGAGGUGCUGUCCAUGUCACAGGGGAAUAUCCUGGAGGAUGAGCGGGCCAUCGAUAUUCUAUCAUCUAGCAAACAGCUCUCGCUGGAAAUCCUAGAGAAACAGCAAGUCACAACACAGACAGAGAAGCAGAUUGAUGAAACCAGGGAUGGCUACAGGCCUGUGGCAACCCACUCCAGUGUGCUGUUUUUUGUUAUUUCUAAUUUGGCUUACAUUGAUCCGAUGUACCAAUAUUCCCUCGCUUGGUUUCUCAAUCUCUACAUGAACUCAAUUGACAAAAGUAUCCCUUCUAAACUGCUCCACGAAAGGAUAAGCAAUCUGAAUGAGCACUUCACUUACAGUAUCUACCAGAAUGUCUGCCGCUCUCUGUUUGAACGAGACAAGAUGCUGUUUUCAUUCCUGCUGUGUAUUGGCAUUCAGAGGAGUCUGAAUCUUGUGAAUGAUGAUGAGUGGUGCUUUCUCCUGACGGGAGGGGUGGCACUAGAGAUCCCAUUUGCUAAUCCUGCCCCCAGCUGGCUAAAGAACAAGUCCUGGGGGGAAAUUGUUCGCCUCUCUACACUUCCUGCUUUCUCUGAUUUAAAGAGUCACUUCUGUUCAAAGCUCCCUGAAUGGAAGAAAAUCUAUGACUCCUCACAGCCCGAGAAAAUGCCUUUACCCACUCCCUGGAAUGACAAUCUGAGCACUUUCCAGUCACUACUUGUGCUACGCUGUAUCAGGCCAGACAAGAUGAUUCCUGCCAUUCAGCAAUUCAUCACAGUAAAAAUGGAUGCUGCUUACAUCGAGCCUCCAACCUUUGAUCUUCAACACAGUUAUAAGGGUUCCAGGCAUUUCACUCCACUCAUCUUUGUCCUUUCAGCUGGAGCUGAUCCCAUGGCCUUACUGAUGAGAUUCGCUGAGGAACAAGGAAUGGGGGGAGCCAACCUCCAAACGAUCUCCCUUGGCCAGGGACAAGGUCCAAUUGCUGGAAAAAUGAUUGAAAAAGCGGCUGAAGAAGGUACAUGGCUUGUUCUACAGAAUUGUCACCUGGCGAGUAGCUGGCUGCCUGAGCUGGAGCGUAUCUGUGAAGACAUCAUCACUGACUGUGACAGAACCAAGCCAGAAUUCCGCCUGUGGCUCACUAGCUAUCCUUCUCGAAAUUUCCCAGUCUCCUUGUUACAAAAUGGAAUCAAAAUGACUAAUGAGCCACCAAAGGGACUUCGAGCAAAUCUGCUGAGGUCCUACUUGAAUGAUCCAAUCUCAGAUCUGCAUUUCUUCAGUGGCUGCAAUAAACCAGAGGUAUGGGAGAAGCUCCUAUUCGCUUUGUGUUUCUUCCACGCUCUCAUUCAAGAACGCAGGAUGUUUGGUUCACUUGGCUGGAAUGUCCCUUACGAAUUCAAUGAAUCUGAUCUCAGGAUCAGUGCAAAGCAGGCUCAGAUAUUCCUGAAUGAAUACAAUCAGGUUCCUUUCGAAGCUCUGAUCUACCUUACGGGAGAGUGUAACUAUGGCGGCCGUGUGACAGACGAUCAUGAUCGACGGCUCCUCCUCAGCCUCCUGGAGAACUUCUACUGUCAAAGUGUCAUCAGUGAUGAUUGCUACAAAUUCUCCAACAGCGGCAUCUACCUCAUCCCCAGGGGAAACAGCUAUGAGAGUUAUUUGGAAUACAUAAAACAAUUACCUCUCAAUGCAAAUCCAGAGGUCUUUGGGUUGCACGAAAAUGCAAAUAUCACUAAAGAACAGAAGGAGACACAGAGGCUUUUUGAUGGGAUCCUGAGCACACUGCCCAGAGAGGUCAGUGGAGGAGACAGAUCGUCAUCUGAGAUCAUGCAGGAACUGGCCACAGAUAUUCUAUCCAAAAUCCCACCUGACUUUGUAAUGGAGGAUGUGAUGAGUAAAUACCCAACCAAGUACAGUGAGUCAAUGAACACAGUGCUGGUACAGGAACUGCUUCAUUUUAACCGUCUGAUAUCCAUUAUCAGAACCAGUCUGACAGACAUCAAUAAAGCAAUUCAAGGUUUGAUUUUCAUGUCCAGCCAGCUUGAAGAUAUCUUCAACAGCAUGAUUGUAGGCAAAGUGCCCUCCAUGUGGUCAGCAAAGUCCUAUCCAUCACUGAAACCUCUGGGCAGCUUCAUCACUGACCUCCUCUCCAGAAUUCAGUUCUUUCAGACCUGGAUUCAUAAAGGAACCCCAGUUGUUUUCUGGAUCUCUGGAUUUUACUUCACCCAGAGCUUCCUGACAGGUGCUAUCCAGAACUAUGCACGGAAAUAUCGAAUCCCAAUAGAUCAUCUGGGCUUCCAGUUCGAUGUGACUGACCAGGAUCAUGACAUGCCAGCUCCACCAGUUGAUGGAGUUUAUAUUAAUGGUCUUUACAUGGAAGGUGCGAAAUGGGAUCGGAAGAAACACAAGAUUGGAGAAUCACUUCCCAAAGUUCUCUAUGACAAUCUACCAAUUAUAUGGCUCAAGCCAGGUGAAAAAUUAUCAUUUAAAGAAAAAUCCGUUUAUGGAUGUCCAGUUUACAAGACAAGUGUUCGAAGAGGGAUUCUCUCCACCACCGGUCACUCCACCAACUAUGUCCUGACAAUUGAGUUCCCAUCAGAACAGCCCCAAAAUCACUGGGUCAUCAGAGGAGUGGCCUGCCUGUGUCAGCUCGAUUACUGAUGACUCUGUACAUCCCUGAAGAAAGAGCACUCAGGCAUUUAUGCUGCAGCAUGCAGUUAAUGAACAGCUUCUACCUGCUGUGGGAUCAGGACUGUGUGUGCAUUAAUUCUUAAUUGCUGUGUUUAGAAUAUUUGUAUAGAACAAUUUGAACUUUUUAAUUGCGUGGUUUUUGUAUAUUUCCAAAUGUAUAAUACUCACUACUAUCCCAGUGUGAAAGAAAUGAUUGAAAUCUCCAUAAUUUUGAUUGUACUAUUUCACCACUGUUUCUAUGCUUGAGUCUGAUGCUUCGUACAUUCACCUCCUGUCUCACUACAUCACUGAUGAUGAUGGACUGUAUUCAUCCUGCUGGGCACGACAGUAUUCUGCCCAUUCUCAUUAAUGGGGAAAUAUUACAGAAUAGAAUCUUUGUAACCUGUUUAUGUUUCAUUCAGCAAUGGGCAAGAUAACCAAUGAUCAUUGUUUGCAGCAUGUGAAACAUUGUGCGGUUACGAUGUGUCAGUA